GGAAUCAACACGCUGAAGAGUCAGCUCAAGCAGCUCCGAAGUGACUACCUGAAGGAAAUCUCAGCCCUUCGGGAUACCAAGCGCAAUGGCAGCGACCCCCUGGACGCGAUUCCGGACAUUCGCUACUUCUACGAGCCGUUGCAUUCGCUGGAACCGCACGAGCAGAAAUUCAUGAUUGACCUCAUUAGAGAAGUUCUGAAGAUGAUGAUGGAUAGCGACUUCGCCUCGGGAAAGGUGAAAUCUUCAGCGCUCGAGCGCUUUGUGUCAGAGGUCCAUGACAAUGAACUCAAGCAGCUGAAAGAUGAAAUUUCGGCGAAGAAUUCUCAGUUAAAGGAAUUGAAACAGGCCCAACACUUUCUGGAGACACAGAUUUUGACCGGUUGUCGCAGCGGUCAAAGCGCAACCAAUACCUUGGAGAAGAUGCUGAACAUCACCGAGGAGCAGUUGGCGAAGGUGCGGCAAUCCUUCUACGCGCUCCAGAAGGAAGAUCAGGAGCUCCAAGAGAAGUACCGGAGCCUCAACGAGGAACGCAUGGAACUGGUGCAGCGCCUGGAGCAGGAGAUUGCUGAAAACUCCAUUCUGCACACAGAGAUUGGACGCCUCUGCAGUGUGGAGGAGGAGCAGAAGCAGACCAUUCAGACCUUGGAUGGCACCAUUUUGCAGCUGAAAGAGACCAUCCAAGAACAGCAAGCCAGGCUCGACAAGCUGAUGUCCAUGCGGCGGAACGUCCGUCGCGGCGAUGCCUUGAAGUCCGGCGCGAACGCGUCCGGGGCUUCCGCGUCCGGGGCUUCCCCGGACUCUGAAGGCUUCGUGCAGGGAUCGCAUGAGUCGCACCACUCGCGGUACGGAUAUCGCCAGGACAGCAAUCUCUUCACGGAAACAGAUAUGGGUUUCGAGACUGAGCCUCCAGAAACCAGGGAUCAACCUCAAGAGGAUGCUCUUCGUCAAGUAGAACAUCUGCAGAAACGGAUUGCCGAGUUGGAGAAGUUGCUCCGGGAACACUUGGUGCAGCUGUCCACUCUGCCAGCGCAAGAGAUGCAGGAGGAUGUGAGAGACUUGCUGGACCGCGCUGAGUGCAUUGGCUGCCAGGGAGCGACCCAUGCCGCACAGGCCGCACAGGUGCGGCUCUGCCGUUGCGGCAGCGUCCUGCCCGAUGAAUCGGCCUACUGCGGCAAGUGUGGUGUGCAGUGGAGUGCAGGUGCCCCGAUGUCCCACACUUGCCAGCAGCUGGCGGCAGAGAUCAACGCCUUAGCGCAGCAGAUCCAGGACGCUGAGCAGGUCUUGCGCCUUAGCAUGGCAGAGGCUGGCACAGGUGGCACAGAAAGCUGCUUCACCAUGUCCCGGAUCCUGGGCCCUCCCCAGGUGGAGGACGUGUCGCAGGAAGAACUGGAACAUCGCGAAAUGCUCAUGGAGCAAAGGAGAAACUUGGAAGAUCUGAAGAAGGCGAAAUUGCUGUUAGAAACCCGGCUGCUGGCGCAGCGAAAUGCGGAGCUUGCAAGGGAGAGCGGCGUGGCCGCCAUGACGGCACUGGAUGAAGAGGCGCAGGCGGCCUGCUACUGUGAUGGAGUGAACUGCCAAUACAGGCGACAAGUGGAGGUGCUGCAAGAGAUGGUGCAGACGCUCAGGGGACUCUCCAAUGAGAUGGGCGAAAAACUGCAGCAAGCCACCGGUGAACACCUGCAGAUGACCAUGGCCUUGACCACGGUGCAGGGUUCCUUGCAGGAAGCCGUGCAAGUCGUUGAUCAGAGCGCCCAAAACGUGGACGCAGAGCCGGAUAAGGCAGCCUUGAGGCGUAUGCUGACACACGUCUGCAGCACUCUGCAGGAAACCAAGCGAAGAUCUGUCUUCUGGCGAUUGUAUAACAACCGGCCCAGAAGCCGUGAACCUGGAGCAAGGCAAGAAAGCAAGCAGAAGGAGAAGAGAGCAGCUUUGGUGCACAAGACCCAUGAGCACCUCUACAAGUUAGAUUCCACUGGUCCAACCGUGAGCCACGUCGAUCGAGAGCGGCCGGAGGCGGUGUUACACGUGGCCGAAAGGUCCAUCCUGCCGCCCACCACGGCCAAUGCGCUGCCAACGCCGAAGCAGAUAAUGCUGCCGGCCAUUGACAAAGCAAUAAGGUCUGAAAAGAGCAGUUCCAAGGAGAAAAACGCCGUACCAAUCGCGGCGGUGAAACUCUUCGUCGAAGAGCCCACCUCACACCAAGCAAUGGCUCCAGUCUUCAGCCCCAGAAAGCAGCUGCCGCCCACGGUGCGACGCUAUUCCAAGAGGUCUGGUGCUCCCAGCGUUGCUAUGCCUGUCGUCUCAAGACCAAGCGGCUGAAGUGCGAUGAUUUCGAUGAAUUGGGGGUUUCCAGAAAUGGGAA